CUUUAAAUUGCAGAUAUAACCUCUCAACAAGGAAGAAAAAACUAUCUUUGUUUCUUCAGUUGAACUUUGAUCAAGAUCAAUCAUACGAAGUUCAAGUGAGGGCAUUGUGUUGAGUACAGCAUCAGCACUGCACUCCUCGAGCGAGCAAGAACCGGUGUUUCCGAAUUUAGAAGGUACUUAUGUGUACCAUAUUCAUGCAGACUACAACCACUUCACUCUGCUACAAACAACAACCGUCCCCCAAACUCGUCUCAACACCAAUUACUAUAUCAGGCAAAGCCUCUUGGUUCGACUAGGGUUUGCACACCAAAGACUAUCUGUCCAUCAUGGCAAAGAUCACGCUUGGGAGAUACAUGUGGGAAAGGAUACAUCAGGUUGGCGUCGAUACGAUUUUCGGUGUUCCUGGAGACUUCAACUUGCAAUUCCUGGAUUCAAUAUUUGAAGUCGAAGGUCUCAAAUGGGUUGGGAACCAGAAUGAGUUGAACGCCGCAUACGCUGCAGAUGGCUAUUCCAGGAUUAAGGGGGUACCUGGUGUCUUCGUGACAACUCACGGUGUCGGAGAACUGAGCGCCCUGAAUGGCGUCGCCGGCGGUAUGUCGGAAAGGGUGAAGAUGAUUCAUGUUGUUGGGCAAACGACAAGAGCUAUGCAGAACAACCAUAUGAUGAUCCAUCAUUCGAUUGGCAAUAAACCUGAUCACCAACAAUACAAUAACGCAUCGAGAGGACUCAGAUUUGCCGCAGCGGAGUUGUGGAAUAUCGAGACUGCUCCUGCGGAGAUUGAUCGAGUGAUACGGGAAUGUUUUAUUCAAUCCGGACCGGUAUACAUCUUCCUUCCGCUAGAUCUCUCUACCGAGGAAGUUUCUGUAGACUUGCUACAAACGCCAAUUAACAUCAAAGCCAAUGUCGACACCACGGCACAAGAAGCUGCGGUCAAGGCCAUCAAAGACGCUCUAGAGUUUUCAAAGAACCCCUCGAUAUUGAUCGACGCACUAGCUCAUCGAUUCAAUGCAGUGCCAGAGACACGUGAGCUAGUCUCGAAACUUCAUGUCCCUUUCUAUUCUGCAAACAUGGGAAAGGGACUGGUUGAUGAGACCGAUGAGAUGUACGUUGGGGUUUACAAUGGUGAGAUUAGUGCGCCUGGGGUAGCAGAGGCUUUUAAAAGCAGUGAUUUAGUGGUAGUGUUGGGGUACUUGCCUGCUGAUACAAAUUCGGGUGGGUUUUCUAGAGAGUUGAAGAAGGAGAGGACGAUUGAGAUUAAUCCGUUCGACGUCGUCGUCAAAGGCCAAACCUUCUCCAACACACACAUCAAGCCCCUUCUCGCCUCCUUAAUCUCAAAUCUGCCUUCUACCCCCUUCCACAACCUCUCCCUGCCGAAGCUCCCACCACCCCGCAAUCCUAUUGACAUCGCCGCAAAACAUAUCACACAAUCUUGGCUGUGGCCCCGGAUAUCCCAAUUCCUGCGUCCAGGUGACAUCCUCAUUGGCGAAACCGGUACGACCGUCUUUGGCCUCUGUGAUAUUCGCUUUCCCCGCAACAUUUGCUUCCAAGCUCAGAUCUACUACGGCAGCAUCGGUUACGCUACUGCCGCAACAUUAGGCGCCGAAAUCGCUCGCGUCGAGCUCGAAUCCGGAAAGCACGCUUUGCUCAACGGCUCAGCGGGGACAAACGGGAUCGUGUCGGAAGGCAGCUCAGGACGAACGAUCCUCAUCACAGGCGACGGCAGCAUGGCCAUGACAAUCCAAGAAAUCGGAACCAUGAUUAAAGCAGGCAUCAACCCCCUCAUCAUCGUCAUCAACAACGCCGGCUAUACAGUCGAGCGCAUGAUAUGGGGUGCACAACAACCCUACAACGACAUUGUACCUACCACAUACUCCCACCUGCUCCCACUCUUCAAACAUCCGCGUCCGGAGAAGAGCUUUCAUCUUGCGAAAACGAAGGUUGAGUUAGAUGCAGUGCUAGAGAAGGGAGAGUUGAAGAGUCCACGGGAUUUACAGUUGGUGGAGAUUGUAGUGGAUAAGAUGGAUACGGCGUGGAGGCUCGGAAGUCAGUUGGCGUGGCGUGGGGAGAAGAGUAGAGAGUAUUUGACGAAUGAGGGGUUUGUGGAUACGUAUGGUGGGUGGGGGUUAGAUGGGGGUAGUAACGGGACGGUGAAGUGGAGUUAGGGUGGUUGGGUGGGAAGGAAUGGGAGACUAGGGAUUUCAUCUGAAAUUGUUGGACGAGCUGAAAAGCAGGAAAGGUAAAUCGUGUGAGUCUGAAGCCGAGGCCGGUCACCCUGUGGCGCUCCACUCAACUGAAUUCAUAUCACAGCACUUCAUUUAUCAUCUCACUGUUAAAUUCUUCAAUUCAGAUCCAAAUACUAGCACUACCAUUAC